CCCUGCGUCAGCAGCAUCAAGAUCAUCUCCCGCGCCAAGAUCCGCACCGUCAAGAUGACCUUUGUCAUCGUCUCGGCGUACGUCGUGUGCUGGGCGCCCUUCUUCACCAUCCAGAUGUGGUCGGUCUGGGACCAGCACUUCCCCUGGGUCGAUUCCGAAAAUACUGCAACGACAGUCACUGCUCUACUGGCCAGUCUGAACAGUUGCUGUAACCCCUGGAUCUACAUGUUCUUUAGUGGGCAUCUCCUGCAAGACUGCAUACAGAGCUUCCCCUGCUGUCAAAAAAUAAAGCAAACGUUGAAUAAAGAUGAUUCUAACAGCAACAGUAGACGACAGACUUCUUUUACCAACAACAGAAGCCCAACCCAUAGCUUGAACACCUGGGGGGAGCUGCCUCACUCCAAGUCUACCAGCUUCAUCCCCAUCCCAACCUGAGGCAAGCACCGGAGCACAGAGGUCUUGGAGUCCAGUAGCAGCACUUAGGAUGAUGGUGGCGAAGCACUUUAAGUUGGUCAGAGGCACAAUCCCUUGGUAAAAAGGAAUUAGUAAGACAGCCAUAAAACAUAAUGCACUCUAUUGCUAAAUAAGAUAUUAUG